UAAAACGGUUCAAUUUUCAAAUAUAUAUAAUGAUAAACGAUAUUAUAAAUUAUUUAUUAAAAGAAUCUCAAAUUCUAGAACUUAUUAAGAAUAAUCCAAAAAUAGUAAAAAGACUUGUUGCUACUAUUUUAUUAUUAUAUGUAUUAUAUCGACGUAAAACAUUACGUGAGAGAAUAUUAAUAAUAUAUUACGCUAUUAUUAGUGAUGACAAGGUAAUACUUAAGUUAGAUCGUUUAUUAAAACCUAACGCCCGGUGGUGGUCGCCGCGUUGGGUUUCUUGGUCAUUGCUAUAAGUAACGUUUUUACUUAAAAAAAAUGACGUGGGUUCAUUGACCGAUUGUGUAUUAAACCGGUAAAACUGUUGGUUUUGGUGCUUUUAAAUUCAUAAUUCAUAGUUAUCAAAAUUUUAUAUUAUAAGUUCUCGUGAAUUAUUUUACGAUAGUGUAAAUACACUUGAGCAUAGUAUUGAUUAUUAGAAUUUUAGAAUUUAAUUAUAUAAUAUAAAAAAAACUUGGUUUUAAUCAAGAAUUCACCC